ACGACAUUCCGCGGACAUUUCCAUGUUUGUUUAUAGUGGUGCGAAAAAUUUUAAAAAUUUAUUUUUCCGGGAAAAACUCAUUUUUGCGACUCGGGCCUACGCGGGAAACGCUUAGGGGGCCCCGGGGAGCUUCAGUAAAAAUUUGGGCGCGAAAUUCGCCGGUUUAAAAAAACCAUUUUAUACGACUUUUUUUGGCGGAAAUUUUGAGUGUUUUGAACUGGAGACGCCGAACGACGCGGCGUCGCUUCCUGGUCACAAAAAAGGUAAUUUCGCUGGGAAAUUCGGCGGAAAACGCGAGAAAAUUGCGAAAAACUGAAAGUGUGAGGGAGACAGUAUCAGUGACGUACACUGUCUCAUUUUCUCUUAUACAAAAUGUACCGAAAAACAGCAGUGGUGACUUUUGGAACUACAUUUUAUGGCGCCAAAUUCAAAAAGUAGUCAAAAAAGGAUGAAUUUUAUACGGGGGCGCUAUGGAGGGGGGCUCUGGGGGGAAAAUGAAUGUCGUUGGUAAAAACCGCCUGAUAAAAGGAGCCUCUUUACCAAAUUUCAUCGCGAUCGAACCAACGGUGUUGAAAUGCAUAGCUGAACAGAAACGAAAUUAUUGACAGACAUAGAAGAAGAAGAAGAUAAGUGGGGGAUGCAAAUAAAAAAAAUUCUUGUGUAGAACAAUUCGCAUAUUUUUUGCAUUUUGGAGGAAAUUUAAUGAAAUAAUUAGUGUGUAGGUAGUAUAUUAAACCAUGAUUAAGGCAAUUCUAGUGUUUAACAACCAUGGGAAGCCGAGACUGUCGAAAUUCUAUCAAUAUUUUAGUGAAGAUAUGCAGCAGCAGAUAAUCAAGGAGACAUUCCAGCUUGUCUCCAAGCGAGAUGACAAUGUGUGCAAUUUCCUUGAGGGGGGAAGCUUGAUUGGGGGCUCAGAUUACAAGCUAAUCUAUCGGCACUAUGCCACUCUGUACUUUGUCUUCUGCGUUGAUUCGUCAGAGAGCGAAUUGGGUAUCCUCGAUCUGAUCCAGGUGUUUGUGGAGACACUCGAUAAGUGUUUUGAGAAUGUUUGUGAGCUCGAUUUGAUUUUCCACGCUGAUGCCGUCCAUCACAUCCUGUCGGAGCUCGUAAUGGGUGGAAUGGUGCUGCAGACAAAUAUGGCAGAUAUCCUGGCGCGAAUAGAGGAUCAGAAUAAGCUGGUGAAGCAGGAGGCGGGCAUCUCGGCUGCUCCCGCCAGAGCUGUUAGCGCCGUGAAGAGUAUGAACAUUCCGCAGCAGAUAAAAGACAUGAAAUUGCCGGACCUCCCGCAGGCUAUUAAAGAUCUGAAAUUCUGACCAAUUAACUACGAUCCACACGAAAUGUACAUCCCCAUUGAGUGCACCCCCAUUGCGAGCAUUGCCCCAUCUGGGGAUUCCUACCAGAGCAGCAGUGCCUCCCACACCAGCGGCCACGUUGUCCACGAGAGAGCCCUCCAGAAGCCUCCCAGUGACUUCCGUGUACUCAAAUCCCUACAGAGUCUCUCCCUCUGCCCAUAUCGAUUCAACUUCACCACCCACGAAGUCCUCCGUGGUGUCAAUUCCCUGGAACCCGAGGGGGCACGGAGGGACGCAACAUCCAAUUGAACAAUGUGUGCGCUCUCCCCCUAAUCCUGCAAUCAUUGCAAUAUUUAUCCACUAUUCUGCAUCCCCCCUCCCAUCAUUAUCUACGAGACUAUAUUGAUAUUUUAUGUAAAAGCCUCCCCCACCCUUUCUCAAAAUAGAAUACAUAUAGGAGAGAGGGGGAAAUAUAUAGUAAAGAAAAUCUAUUUAAAAAAAA